GUGGGGCGAGGGCGGCCGCGGGGGACUUGGCUGAGGGGGACGCCGGCCGCGCUGGGGCGAGGGGGCGACCGCGCCGAGCUCGCGCGCGCCUCGGGCGGACCGGGGGAGCGUCGCGUGUGCGCGUGCGCGUGCGCACAGGCCAACCCAGCUCCUGGCGCCCAUCCUCCUUCUGCGCUUGCGUGCGCCCCUGAAGCGUGGUGAUCAGACCCCGUGUGUCCAGCUGUUUCCGGCGCGCCCUGCCCCCGAAUCCUCAGGGCCUGCCCCUGCCACCAGGCUGCGGGUUGACCUGCCUCUUGUGCGCUUUGGGCGAAGCUCCCUAAUCUUGACAUACAUGCUAAACAUUGGUGGUCCUUCUGCUCUUACAGGAAGUGUGAGUUCUCAAGGCCUUUUCUUACCCCGACCGCGGGGUAAGAGGUCUCUCCCAAACCCAACAGCCCAAGGUUCUCCAACUCUUAUUGCGCAGAAGGCCCACUUGUAGGGUGUCGGGUCUAGCAGACGCUCAGGGCGACCCAUUAAAUUCUAAUUUCACUAACGAAUAAUUUUUUUUAGUAUGUCCCCAAAAUUGCAUGGGACACACUUAUACUAAAAAAUUCCCCCCCUCAUCUAGAAUUCGAAUUUAAUGGUAGCCUACGUGUUAUCUGGCGACUGCACUCCAUUAGGAAGUUUGUUAGAAAUGCAGAUUUCGGCCCUCUCCUCUUUGUAGAGCCAGGACCUCGAAACUGCGUUAGGAACUGUGGGUGCCUCUGAGGCUCCAGCACUCAGGUCCCCUUACUGCUCAGGUCUCCCUACCCUCCUUGCCUGGCUUCCAGGCCCAGCUCUGAAGAGCCCUCCUGCUGCCACAGACAGGGCACAGGGCCCUCGAGGGGCUGUGGGAUUGUUCAUCAAUCCAGGACAGUUCUCUUGGCCUCGCUCACUUUCUGCCCCUGCCCCCCUGCGUGGUGAUGAUGGAUCCCCAUUUCCCAGAGGGGAAAGCUGCAAUGGGGGUGAGUCAGGCAGUCUGGUCAGGACACAGCCAGGUGCAGGCUCUGGCCUUCCUAAUCCAAGGGUAAAAGAAGGCCUCUUGUUUGAGAUUUACAUUGUCACCUGCAGAGCCUGACGCAGCUCACUGAAGAAGCACCGUUUACCAAGUCCCUCCUAACGCCAGAGUCCACGCAUCCUGGGACCCCAGGGCCACGGCCCUCCUCUCCCCCAGCCCGCUCUGCCCAGUGUUGCCAGGAAUUCCGGCACACAGCUGUUUUCCAGUUUGGUGCCUUGGGGCAGCAGGUAGUCUUAAGCUGCUGAGGGGCCUUGCAGUUAGGGAUCCAUCUCCCUGGUCCACUAGACCAGGGGUCCUCAAACUUUUUAAACGGGGGGCCAGUUCACUGUCCCUCAGACCGUUGGAGGGCCGGACUAUAGUUUAAAAAAAAAACUAUGAACAAAUUCCUAUGCACACUGCACAUAAUCUUAUUUUGAAGUAAAAAACCAAAACGGGAACAAAUACAAUAUUUGUAUUUGCAUGUGGCCCGCGGGCCGUAGUUUGAGGACCCCUGCACUAGAUCCUCCAAGAUCUGCCAGUGCAGUUGAGCGCUUCUGGCCCUGGACAGUUGGCACCCGGGGCAGAGGCACCACUACCAUAAGUGUGACCAGGUUGUCUGCCUCCCCCUGGAGACCAGAGCACAGAGGGUUUUAGGAGGCAACUAUCGCUGCAGGCAGAGGAGAUGGACGCACCCAGGGAAGGGACUGAGCUGGGCAGGACCCUGUGGGGGAGGGCUGUAAGGGGAGUCGGGGUGCCGUACUUAAGAUCCCUGGAUGUGUUUAAGCAAAAAUGAGCGGUUUGUGUUUGUAGGGGGACUGGCAUUCCCCGCGGGGCUUUCGGGAUGGGGGCUCGGGUUCCCUCUGUGGAACCUGUUUAUUUCUCAUCUGUAGAGUGGGCUCAGGACCUCUGUCUCGCAGAGGGACUCGGAAAGCAGUCGGUGAGCUGGUGAGCAGCAGCUGUGUGCCCUGGUCAAGAGCCUCCACUCGGAGCCUGGUCUUGUCCUGUAGAAAGGGGACAGUCCCACAUUCUCGCUACCAGGUCGUUGGGAGGAGUAGGGGAGCCCAUUGGUGAGAGCGUGAGGACAUGGUAUUCCGUAAAAGCAACUGUCUUCCGACAUGCUGGGCCUUGUUUGGGGUCUGCUGACCUAGUGGCUCGCCAGGUGUCCUUUCCUCUCCCCAUUUUCUCUCGUAGCAGUUUUAUUGAGAUACAGUUCACAUACCGUGUAGUCCACUCAUUUAAAGUGUACAUUUUAGUGGUUUUUAGUAUAGUCGCAGGGUUGUGGAAUGUCAUCACUAUCUGACUCCAGACAAUUCCAUCCCUCCUGUCCGCAUUAGCAGUCACCCUCACCUACCUCCCCAGCCCCUGGUAAUCAGGGAUCUACUUCCUGUCUCUGUGGAUUUGUUUGUUCUGAACAUCUUCCAUAAAUGAAAUCACAUACUGUAUGGCCUUUUGUGUCUGGCUUCUCUCACGAGCAUCAUGUGUUCAAGGUCCUUCUGCCCUGUGAUGAGUGUCAGAGCCUCAUUCCUUUUCAUGGCUGAGUAAUAUUCCAGUGUAUUCACGGGCCACAUUGUGUUUAUCAUCGGUUGGUGGGCACCCAUUGCAUCCACCUUUUGGCUGUUGUGAAUCCUGCUGCUGUGAACACUCGGAGCCCUGCCAAGGAUGGAUCCCCUGGGCUGCACGGAGCAGUGUGAGAAUAAGAAGGCCGAGGGCCCAAAUCGAGAGCCUGCGCUGUGGCAAGUCCUUCCUGUUCUGUCCGAGCAGCAGUCCAGGGACGUGGAGCUGGUGCUGGCCUACGCCGCACCCAUCCUCGACAAGCGCCAGACUUCACGUCUCCUCAAGGAGGUGUCAGCCGUCCACCCACUGCCUGCACAGCCUCACCUUAAAAGGGUUCGCCCGAGCCCUGAUGCUGGCCGUCCACACGUGCUGGAGAUGCUGCUCUGCCUGGCAGGGCCCGCUGCAGGCACUCGAUCGCUGGCUGAGCUCCUCCCACAUCCGGCAGUGGAUCCCCGAGGCCUGGGACAGCCCUUCCUGGUGCCUGUGCCUGCCUGGCCACCCCUGACCAGGAGCCAGUUUGAGGAGGCGCGUGCCCAUUGGCCCACAUCCUUCCAUGAGGACAAGCACGUGACCCGUGCCCUGGCUGGGCAACUUUUCUCAGCACAGGAGCAGGCUGAGAUGCAGGGCCACAUGGAGCGGGCUAUACGGGUGGCGCAACAGGCGGCUACCAGGGGCCUGAGGGCUGUGGGGGCUGUGGUAGUGGACCCGGCCUCAGGCCGGGUACUGGCCACGGGCCAUGACUGUAGCAGCUCAGCCAGCCCCCUGCUGCAUGCCACCAUGGUGUGCAUUGACUUGGUGGCCCAGGGCCAGGGUCAAGGCACCUAUGACCUCAGGCCCCACCCGGCUUGUUCCUUCACCCCAGCCUCAGCCUCCCAGGGUGUCCAGGCCAUCUCUCUGCGCACACUGGAUAAGGACAUGGACGUGGAUGAUAACGGCCUCCCCUAUGUGUGCACCGGCUACGACCUCUACAUUACCCGCGAGCCCUGUGCCAUGUGCGCCAUGGCCCUGGUGCACUCCCGUGUGCAGCGUGUCUUCUAUGGGGCACCCUCUCCUGAUGGUGCCCUGGGCACCCGCUUCCGCAUCCAUGCGCGCCCUGACCUCAACCACCGUUUCCAAGUGUUCCGGGGUGUGCUGGAGGCCCAGUGCCGCCAGCUGGACCCCGACACGUAGGUGCCAAGCUUCCUGGCUCCAGACUGACUGUU